CUCGGGACACUCAGGGCGCAAAGAGCGCGGGGGUAAAACCGGAGCAAACGGCAAACGGCAUUCGCGCGCACGGUGUAUGUGCUUUCGGCUGAUGAGUGUGUGUGGUCGGGCGGUGCGUGCUUAACGCACCUUAUUCUCAUGCUUCGGAUGAAUGAAAAUGAAAAAAACAUAUUUGCUGUAACUACUGUAAAGACAACUGUAGGAAUGAUAAGGACCACGUUUUUAAAGAGACUGUUCAAAUGAGAAACAUGUUUUCAAACCCCAUGGGUAAGCAGCAGCUCACCGUUGAGACGUGAUGGCAGUAAACUUUUUUAAGCGUCUGCGCCGGCCGGGACGCAAGAACAACAGGUGCGUGCGUGACUGAGCGUGUGUAGGUUAGAGACUGGUGUUUAUUUUGAAAGGAGAGAAUGGAUUAUGAGGACCCUGAAUCACCUGAUCCCACAGCAGUCAUCAAAAGAGAAAGCCACCUGUCCAAGAAGACUCAUUUGACUCAAAUUGAAGUGAUCCCGUGUAAGAUCUGUGGAGAUAAGUCUUCAGGAGUUCACUAUGGAGUCAUCACAUGUGAAGGCUGCAAGGGGUUCUUCCGGCGGAGCCAGCUUCCCACAGUGUCCUACUCCUGCUCCAGACAGAGUAACUGUCCCAUCGACCGUGCCAGCAGGAACCGCUGCCAGCACUGCCGCCUGCAGAAAUGUCUGGCACAGGGCAUGAGCCGGGAUGCCGUGAAGUUCGGCCGCAUGUCCAAACGGCAGCGAGACUCUCUGAUCGCUGAGGUGGAGAGACACAGACAGCUGCAGCGCCUCCAGGGGGAGGCCCAGGCUUCCCUAGCCUACCCCAGCAAGGCCCACAGGGAGCAGUCUUCCCCACUACACCCGCCCAUGGCCCUGGCCUAUCCCAGCAAGACCCACAGGGAACAGUCUUCCCCACUACACCCGCCCAUGGCCCUGGCCUAUCCCAGCAAGGCCCACAGGGAGCAGUCUUCCCCACUACACCCGCCCAUGGCCCUGGCCUACCCUAGUCCUGGGGAGGGAGAAGUGCUACCCUUCCCUACUGAAGUGCACCCGUACCUGGUGUGCUCCUCAGGGUUUAACUCCAGGCAGGCCUCACCUGAUCAGUCAGGACUCUGCAUGCCCAGACUGGAGAUGGGGAUUCGAACCUUUGACCUACAUGAUGAUCCUUUUGUCUCCUAUCCUACUUCUCUGCAACAAAUAGAGGAGCUGUGUGGUAGCAUCGUUCGCUCCCAUCGAGAGACCAGCCAGUACAGGGUGGAGGAGCUGCAGGGGCUGAAAUGGAAGGUGUUCAGCAGAGAGGAGAUCCAUGCCUACCAGAGCAAGUCAAUGGAUGAGAUGUGGCAGCAUUGUGCUAUCCGGCUAACUGAUGCUGUUCAGUACGUGGUGGAGUUUGCCAAGCGGAUCCCCGGGUUCCAGACGCUGGGGCAGAAUGACCAGAUCACCCUUCUAAAGAACGGUUCAAUGGAGGUGGUGUUAGUCAGGAUGAGCCGUCUGUUCAACACAGAGAACAGCACCGUCUUUUUUGACAGGAAAUUUGCAGGGACUGAACUGUUCAAGUCUCUUGCCUGCGGGGAUCUGAUCAAGGCCGUGUUUGACUUUGCUCACAGCACAUGUGCUCUAAGACUCACAGAGAACCAGAUCGCUCUCUUCAGUGCAUUGGUGCUCAUCAACCCAGAGCGUCCGUGCCUGGAGGACAGGCGCAGGGUGGAGAGGGUGCGCAGAGACGUGGAGGUGGGACUCCACCACAUCCUACACCGAGACAACCAGGGCAGCCUGCUGCCUAAGUUGAACCAGAAGGUGGAGCAGUUGCGAGCGCUGUGCAGUCUACACGUGGAGAAGCUGCAGUGGUUCAGCCAGUGCUACCCUCUCACUGUGCACUCGCUCUUCCCUCCUCUCUACAGGGAGCUGUUUGCCUCUGACACAGACAUCCUCCCUGUAGAGCCCCACUGAUCUGUUGUAUGUGCUAGCAUGCUACCUACUUACCAGCACACACACGUACACUGGAACACACACACACACACGUACACUGGAACACACACACACGUACACUGGAACACACACACACGUUCUACACCCACACAAAAUGUACUCACAGUGUUGAUGACAAAUGUUGUAAUUAAGUCUUUACUCAGCUUUACUUGCUAAAUAAGUAUAUUGAUAAAUAAGUAUAUUUUUGUAAUUCUAAAACGGAUCUGAGUAGUGUUAAGAUCUCGUUCUCGCUUUCAUGCAGAAGUAAUUUUAUAGAUAAUCCUACUCGAAAAUCCAGGUAUUUCAUUACUUUUAUAUAGCCUAAAAGAAUUAAAUCAGAUCGGAUGUGAUUUUGUUUUGGGGAGUACUGAUGUUUGAGCUCACGUUUGAUUCUUGAUUUAUGAGAAGAGAAGUGAGUUGUAACUGAUCUCAGGUGGCACUGCAGUGUUCUCUAGCUCAGAGCUGGUCGAGUUAAGAGGGUGCAGAUCUCUGGGGUUCCAGGGCACACUGGGAAUCUAAACUCAGUCUCAUUUGUUUCUGAAAGGUAUUGUUCUCUAAAUGUCUGUUUUUGCUGAGCAGGGGGACAGGCCUGGGAGCUGUUUAUUUGAAGAUUCCCUUUAAUCUGUUGGCUUGUCUUUCUUGUGGUUUAUGACUAAAGGUGUAUAUGACUGAAGGUGUGAUUUGGUUGUGUGAAGGUCUCAUCAGUAUUAACAAGGGAUUUGUUUGUUGUUGAAACUGCUUGUUGCAGUUCUAUAUUUCUGGUUUGUCUGUGGUAUAAGUCUAAUGUGUUGAUUCUUAAAAAGAUUGCUUAAAAUAAACUCACAACAACGAAUCUGAAAAA